AUGCUCGACACGGUUGCAGCCGGUGGCUGCGUCUGCGUGCCCGAGGAGUCAGAGCGCCGUGGGGAUAUCAGUGGAGCCAUCCGCCGGAUGGAGGUGAAUUAUUUGCAUCUGACCCCGCCAGUCGCCCGGCUGAGGGACCCUUCCCGUCUGCCACGCCUCCGAAUCCUCGUCUCGAGUGGAGAGGCCAUCUCACGCACGGACAUGGAACAGUGGGGCCCCCAUGUCCUUCAUCUGAUCAACGGACCCGGAGCGAACCACAGCGACAUUCGUGAAAACCCUCCAUGGUUGGUCCUGGGAGCAGGAGGGCCCCGUGGGAAUGGCCCCGGUCGACAGGGCCGACCUUAUCGAACCGGGGACUUGGUCCGGUAUGCCUCGGAAGGGUCCAUUCUCUAUGUUGGGAGAAAGGAUAAUCAGAUCAAGAUUCAUGGUCAGCGGGUGGAGUUGGAAGAGAUCGAGAAACAUAUCGAGCAGGUCCUGCUGAACGGUGCGGCCGCAGCAGCGACAGCAGUCGCCGCAGUCCCGGUGGUAGCAGCGUUCCUCAAACCUCAAGGAAGCAACAAACCCAUUCUAGUCGCCUAUCUGGCACUGCUGAGCGAUGGCGGUGCUGAGAUUCGAAUGGCUGAUAGCUACUCCCUUUGGGAAGACCGGUGCUUCCAGAGGUGA